AUGUCCUGGCGUCCCGCAGUGUCGACAGAUCGGCCGUCCUUGGUCAUCCCACUGGUAGGCACUAUGGACUGGCUGCCGAACCCGAGCUGGAGUGCGAAUGUCCUGCGGGCGAGUUGGGUGUUUUUGAUCGUGUUGACCUGGGGGCGUAUCAUUCUCGACAUGAGGCAAAGUUGGGCUGCGGAGCUGGGCCUUUACUUCUUCCACCAACGUUGUAUGCCGCCUUGGCUUGCCCGCACCGCUGUUCCAGUCUCUACUCCGCGUCUGCUCCUGUUGACCCCAGUCCGCUGCGCGUCUGUGGCCUGUGUCCAGCUGUGGAGAGGACCGGGGAUUACACGCUCGUUGUAUGCCGCCUUGGCUUGCCCGCACCGCUGUUCCAGUCUCUACUCCGCGUCUGCUCCUGUUGACCCCAGUCCGCUGCGCGUCUGUGGCCUGUGUCCAGCUGUGGAGAGGACCGGGGAUUACACGCUGUCCAACACUGUUUGA